GUUCCAAAUUCCAUUUCUUCUUCUUCUCCUCUCUGUCUGAAGGAAUCGCUUCUUAGGGUUUUUUUCUCUCUUAUCUCCUAACUUAUGUCAUUUACCCAUUCUCUAUCAAAUCCAUCAUUCAGCCGCACUGAUCGAUCGACUUCUUUUCCAUCGGUUAGUUCAUUCCUCAAAUUCUAUGUUCCAUUUACUUUCUUUAGAUUCUAAAGAAGUUGAUAAAUGAUAAAACAGUAAUCUUUUGGCUUCUUGUUAUUCAUUUCUUUAGUGGGUUUUCUGGGUUUAAUCGGUGUUAUAAACUCGGAGAUAGAAUAGAACGAUAACUGUCUAAUUGGGUAUUUCUAUGAAAUCGGGAGCGCCUGCACUUGAAAUGGGCGAUGAUGAGGGUUUGGGGGAGGCCGGAGACCCUUGCAUUUACGGCGGCGCCAUCGGUACCGAUUGGAUAUUGGAAAUUCUGGAUAAGUUGAACAGAGAUGAGGAUGUUAUCUCGGGGGAGGAGGAAGUUACUGCUGUGAACCCUAAACCAAAUCAGUUGGAAGAAGAAGCAAAUGAUGAUGAUGAUGAUGAUUGCAUCAUUUUGGAUGGCGACCCGGAAAAGCUGACUCCGGCGGAAACUGUUUCUACCGGCGACGGUAACUCGGAUGAAUUGGAAGUCAUUGGAACCAAAGGAGAGAUUGCUUGCAGAGACUUUCCUCAUUCUCGUCACCUUUGUGCUAACUAUAUAUUUACCUCCACCCCACAUGAGAACUACUGUCAUCUGUGUCACUGUUAUGUCUGCGACUCACCUGCACCAUGUAUUCAUUGGGGUACUGGGAUGUUAGUUCUCGACCAUUGUCAUGCCACAGACAAAGAUGAUUACUGGGUAAGAGAAAGGAAGAUACUAAAGAAGGGAGAUUAUAAAGAAACUACCACAUCUUCAAUACUUGCUGAUACUAAUAUUCAUCCCCCGAUAAACCCUAACCGAGCUUCACAAGUUUCUAGGGUGUUGGUUCAGCCACAACCUAACCGGGAUCUACAAACUUCUAGAUUGGUGUUGCAGCAGGCUCAUCAUCACUUGGCUAUUCAGAAUCAAGUUGGGCGAAUAAUCCAACCCAAUUUGCAGCAUCAAAACAGACUGCAUCAGGUUUAUGGUGGCUGUUCGUUAUUCAAGCGUUCAAGCAGGGCCGGUUUGCCCCUUAAUCAUCCAUAUUAUGCCCAUCAAAGCUACUCCCAGUUUCCAUCUUCUAUGGGAGCCAGUACUCAAAUUUCCCAAUCCUUCCAAUAUGGAGUGCCAUCUUUUCCCAUUACCAACCAGAACUAUAUUCGAAUAACACCCCAAUCCCAAUUGAACACAGCAGCUGCAUCUAUAUCCAUAGCACAGCAAAGACUUUUGAACCAAAGAAUGUCUUCUCCUCAACUGCUGGUUCCUUCUUUCCAUCCAAGUAUUGGGGACAUGAGUUUCCGAUAUAGUCAAGAUAACCGCCAGGUGAUGAACAGAUGGAAUGGAAAUGGUCUUGAAAAUCAUUCAGAUUGUGAACCAUCUAGUGCUCCUGCUGCUGCUGCUGCUGUUGGUCGGAGCAAUCAUCUGCUGCGAUAUGGAUCAGAUAUCUAUCAGCAAGUUGAUCCCCAACUUGCAGCAACUGGAGUUAAUCCGGACCCAUUUGGGUAUGAAAUCGAUCCUUGGACAUUGCGCCAAUCAGUUGCAACAACGACUGUUAAUCCUGGUUUGAAUGUUGGCUCAUCAGCAGAUCUUCCUUUUGGUACUACAGUUCGGUUUUCAGACAUGUAAGUGUAGUUGGGUUGAGGGUAAGGAAGUAGUUUUUGGACUAUAGUUGUCAGUUAAUUAGAGUGACUAAAGCAGACAACAAAAUGUUAUAGCAACACUUGGAAAAUAUGACAUAUCUUUGUUCUUCCUCUGUACAGGUUAUAGGGGCUUUAUCUUGCUUUG